AUGGCCGCCAAUAACGGCACAUGGCACAAAACAUCCGUUGAGGCCGCCGAGGAGCAGGGUCGAGGCUAUCACACCAUCCCAACGAUUACUGGGCAAAAACGACCUCGUGCAGAGUCUGCGCAUCCAAUGGCACCGAAGCCGACAAGUUUGCCUCGCCACACCUCACUAGUGCAGAGAGCGUCAAGUUUACCUCUUGGCCCUCCAAAGCUCACAGCGAGCCCGAUCAUCUCCUUGAGCCUGGUGGCUACUCAAGGUCCAUCUGAAUACACACAACGAAGAGAAUUCCAGUCAACGCCAUCGUCAUCUUCGGACCCGCUGCUUGCUCUUGCCCAUCCUUUCUACGGUCUUCCUCGAUCAUUGGUCCGCAAUUUCUACAGCCUAGUGUUGAUGUUGAAAAGAGUCCUCGAAGAAAAAAACUCCAAAGCUCUUCUAGUUCUGCCGUACGUUGCACUGGUCCAAGAAAAGGUUCGCUGGCUGCGAAACAUUGUCCAGGGCGUAGCGAAACCUAAAGAUGAGAUUGACGAUGAAAAACGCAUCUGGAGGCGGCGAGCCGACGAGGACACGAUCAGAGUCAUUGGCUUCUUUGGGGGAAGCAAGAUCAAAUCCACUUGGUCCGAUUUUGAAAUUGCCGCAAACGCACUUGUCAACACGGCGAUCGACGAUUUCACAAUCAAGCACCUCAAGGCGGUUGUCUUAGAUGAACUUCAUAUGAUUGACGAUGAUCAUCGCGGAUAUCUUAUGGAGUUGAUGGGAACCAAGCUGCUUACCCUGCCUCAGCCCGUGCAAAUCAUCGGCAUGAGCGCCACCAUGUCUAAUAUCGGUCUCUUGGCUAACUGGCUAGGGGCUCAUUCAUACGAGACGCGCUAUCGUCCGGUGCCAAUCGAAGAACACCUUGUUUACGAAGGCAACGUGUACCCAGCGGCCACGACGAGCGAGCUGCUCAAAACGGCAAAGAAUCUCAACGCUUUGACUCAUCAGCCGGCGUCUAGAGCUAUAAGACGCAUUGAGCCCUCCAGCCAUAAGGUAUUCCAGGAUCCCGUGUUAAAUGCUGUUGUUUCGCUUGCCAGCGAGACUGCUAAAGCUGGGUACGGCGCGUUGGUCUUCGCUAGCAGCCGCUACGGCUGUGAAGCAGAUGCCCGCUGGAUUGCUAAAGUCAUGCCGACGCAAUUCGAGCUCGAUCCUGGUCUAAUUGAGAAGAGAAAUGAGCUGAUGGCCGAGCUACGUAGUCUCGGGACGGGCAUCGAUCCUGUCCUGGAAGAGACAGUACCAAUGGGCGUUGCCUUUCACCAACGGGACAUCAUCGCCAAUGCCUACGAUGUCGGAACACUCAAAGUGUUUCUGAGACCUGCACGACGAGUAAUCCUUCACAAUGCUCGCAUGGGAAGAGAUUUCGUUGGGCCAUCGAUGCUGAGGCAGAUGCGUGGACGGGCCGGCCGAAAGGGAAAAGACGAAGUCGGAGAAACCUACCUUUGCUGCCGAAAGGAUGAUCUUGAGCAGGUCAUCGACUUGAUGCAUGCCGAGAUGCCAAAGAUCACAAGCGGUCUGAUGACGGACAAGCAGCGAAUUCAAAGGGCGCUUUUAGAGGUCAUUGCCAUACGAUUAGCAACAAGCAGAGAUGCGCUGGAUGAGUACAUUACAAGGACUUUGUUGAGCCAUUCUGGCUCUUUGAAGUCCCUCCAAGACUGCGUCGAGGUCAGCCUAAAAAAUCUGACGAACAUGGGCUUUGUGGCCACAGAUGCAUGUGGUAACUACCAGCCGACAAAACUUGGAAGGGCCAUAGUAGCCUCUGCGUUAGAUCCCGAUGAUGGAGUCUUUAUUCACAAGGAACUGGAACGCGCGCUCCAGGCAUUUGUCAUGGAUGGAGAAAUGCACAUCCUUUACACUUUCACACCCAUCCAAGACUUUGGCACCAAUAUCAACUGGCAGGUGUUCAGGAACGAGAUGUACAACCUUGACGACAGCGGCCAUCGAGUUCUCGGGUUCCUCGGGCUAAAGCGUGCUGUGAUCAACCGACUGUAUGUUCCCCUUGCCCUUUUUCCGAUGUCGCUAACCGUGACCAGGGCGCAGGGUAGCUCACUCAAAGAAACGACUGCCGAGGAGAAGGAGAUAGUUCGUGUACACCGCCGGUUUUACAUGGCUUUUCAAUUACGAGACCUGUGCAACGAAAUGCCAAUCCACGCUGUCGCGCGAAAGUACGAUGUGCCGCGCGGCGCUGUUCAGACCCUGUCCCAAACUUGCAACGGGUUUGCGGCUGGAAUGAUCAAAUUUUGCGAGCAUAUGGGUUGGGGCGUUAUGGCUGCUGCACUAGAUCACUUUUCAGAUCGUUUGAGGGCCGGCGCGAAAGCUGACUUAUUGGCCUUGGCGCAAAUUACUUUCGUGAAGAGCAGGACAGCUAGGGUCUUUUGGGAGAACGGGUUUCGCAGCAUCGCCGCUGUCGCAAAUGCCGAUCCCAGUGAGCUUCUGCCAAUUCUGAUGCAGGCUCAACCGAGUAAACUGCGUAUCAAGGAGCAGGAAAGUAUCAAAUACGAAGAGAAACUCAUGGCUAAGGCCAGGGUCAUCUCGGACUCGGCCAACCGACUAUGGCGUAAGUCAAACCGAGAGACACAUCGGCGCCGUUGGUGGAAUGUAUUCAAAUGCAACAAGAAGUCUACGAGGAGGAAUAGCCAGCUUGUCGGAGGUUGUCGGUUACGGUUCGAGCGGCCGAAAACACCCUCGUGGCUGGGCUGCACCACAGCCGUUGCGAAGCUGACCGGCAGCCACCAACACGAAAAAGGUGCAACGGUGCAAGACAACCAGACGCAACUCGGGCUCAUCACAUGGCACCCGCAGUACGGUGCAGCAACUGCGGUCUUGUCCGGCGGGCCUCUAGUGACCGAGAUGCGCCUCACCAUAGUUGGUGGUCGCGCCCAGAAGGCUCGCGACCAACAAAGGUCUGACAGCCACCGCCCACCGAGCUACCCACCCUCAUCCGUCUUGUUCGACUUUUACAUCAAACUGUGGGUGUGGCUGCCUGACCUCGGUCUGAUCUCGACUGAAACUACUUCAUACACCGACUGCGAAAUGUCCACUCAUAAUCGCGCCCGCAGCGGUGGAGGGAGCAGUGCUGAUGCGGAUGGUGCCGUUCGAACUCUAGGCGACGUGAUGAGAGCAGGCCCGACCGAUUUUCCCCACAUCGUUGUUGUCGACGAGACGCACGAAGAAAAGAAACGGAAAGAUGAUCCUAGCCCGAGCAAAGAUCUGUGGCUGAGUUCAGCAGAUGGCCGGUACAAUUCGACCAUCAUUCCCUUGCGAGUUGGACGAGCGCCGAAUCAAGAGAUUUUCCAGGUACACAGGAACAUCUUGCUAACGACGGGGUAUUUUCGAAAAGCUCUUUGCGGAGAUUUCAGAGAAGCCGACGCGCAAUCGAUGGACUUCCCAGAAGAGGACCCAGCCAUCUUCCACUUCCUCGUUGCCUUUCUGUACCAAAGAAGCUUCGUGCCUAUCAGGCCAGCUGCAUCAGCGCUGAAUGUUGACGCAUCGGACCCGGGGAAAGCACAAGAAUCCGGCCACCGAAGCGAGUCGGAGUCGGAGAUCUCAUCAUCGGAGGCCAGCGACGCCAGCGCCAGAAGUCGAAUCCGGGCGCAGCGGCGGCAGCGGCGGCGGGAGCGGCAAUGGGACCGCAUGAACCGAAAACAACCAGGGACACACCGCCCAGAUUGCAGAUGUCCGCGCUGCACCACAACCACCGGACCGCCAUGCUGGAACUGUGGCGUCGGUCGCACAAGGCCGAUGCCGGGCCACCUCCCGCCGCACAUCAUCAAUCAUAUGCCAGCAGUAAGGCCCAUAGGCAUGCAGCAACACGGUCGACGCCGUAGCCGACAGCAAGCCCUCACACCGCCAGAGUCGACGCCUUCAGUCGGCAUGCCAGCCUCUGCCACAGACGAGUACGCGGACGGUGACCGCAUACGCGGCCAAGACAUGCGAACUUUCUUGCUCACAUACGAGCUUAGCUUGGAGGUGUAUAUCGUCGCCAAUAAAUUCCUCAUGGACGACUUCAAAACCGUGAUUCAGCGUCACUGCAUCGAUAUGCUCGAGUCCGCCGGGCCCGACGCAGCACAGUCAGCUGUGUUACAGCUUUGUUCGAAGCUCUACGCCGGUGUCCCCGACUCCGACCCAUUGUUGAGGAUGAUAUUUGCGCGCGUCGGCUUCUUACAGCCUCUACUCUGGCAACGAGCGCCGCAGUAUACGUCGGAGUUCCUUAUUGGGCACCCAGAAGUUGCGGCCCUUAUGCUGCGCGAGACAGCGAUUCGAAGAGAGGAGGAUCUGGGUAGUAGAGCGCUGCCGUCCAUGGAACGGGCGACGCAUCCUCAUGCUAUGCCUAUGUGGCCGGCUGCGCCGCCCAUGCAUCCUCAUAUGCGGCUUCCUCCGCCUCCGCCUCCACAUCCGCAUUGGCACCCAGGUCCGUUCGGUGUUUGA